AACAAUUGUUUUCUGCAGUUGUUGAAGGAAUUCUUAGUAUGGAUAGAGCAAGAUCUUGGUCCUUGGGGUCCUCUUGUGCUAGCUGUUGCAUAUAUUCCUCUAACCGUACUGGCAGUUCCAGCUUCGGUACUUACGCUGGGUGGUGGUUAUCUCUUUGGCUUGCCUGUGGGUUUUGUUGCUGAUUCUAUUGGUGCUACAAUUGGUGCUGGAGCUGCAUUUCUUCUAGGGAGAACUAUUGGGAGGUCAUUUGUGAUUUCCAAGUUGAAAGACUAUCCGCAGUUUCGUGCAGUUGCAAUUGCAAUUCGGAGAUCUGGAUUCAAGAUUGUUUUGCUGCUUCGGCUUGUUCCUUUACUUCCAUUUAACAUGUUGAACUACCUCUUAUCCGUGACUCCAGUCUCCAUUGGACAUUACAUGCUAGCAUCGUGGUUGGGAAUGAUGCCAAUUACUUUUGCCCUGGUAUAUGUUGGGACAACUCUGAAGGAUCUCUCUGACGUAACACAUGGAUGGGGUGAAUUUUCAAAAACUCGUUGGGCACUGAUUGUGUUUGGCCUUGUGACUUCUGUGGUAUUAAUAAUUUGUGUUACUAGAGUUGCAAAAGCUGCUUUAGAGAAAGCAUUGGCUGAAAACGAGGAUAUUGAAUAUGAUAUUGCAUCACCACAAUUACCCGUUCUAGCCGACUCUGCUGUAAAUCUCCACGAUCCGCUUAUGGUUAAGAUCGAUACCCCUCAAGAUCAUCAUGAAAUAUAGUUUACAAACUCCAGAAAGUCUUGCCUUCUCCGAAAUGCUAUAUCAUUUAUACUAAUCAUCUGCUUGGUGAUGCUUUUAUAUUAUUCUUCAUCUGUACAGUCAGUAUAAAUCUACUUUUACAUUAGGUGGUUUUAACAGAAAUAGCUUAUUUCUUCUGAAAGCUUACUUUACAUAAUUAUACUUCUGCUUAACGACAAAUGGAGAAAAUGAAUAUGACUGCUAUUGGUUUUGCUGCUGCUACUUGGCA